CGAGCCGGGGCGCGGGCAGAGCGCGCCAGGCAGCGGCGGCCCCGGCGCCCGGCUCCUGCCGCCGGCGGCGAUGGGGAAGCGGAGCUCCUCGCUCCUCCUCGCCGUGGCCCUGCUGAGCCUCAGCACCGCCUCAGCGAGGAAGUGCGAGCUGCAGGGCCUGUGGAGGAAUGAGCUGGGCUCCAACAUGACCCUCUCGGCCCUCGAUGAUGCCGGCGCCUUCGUCGGCUCCUACCACACCGCCGUGGCGGCCACCAACAAGCGGAUCCUGGUGUCGCCCCUGAAAGGGGUCCAGCAGCACCCCAGCGCCAAGGGGCCCGUCACCUUCGGCUUCACCGUGCAGUGGCAGUUCGCAGGUUCCAUCACCGUCUUCGUGGGUCAGUGCUUCGUGGACCGCGGCGGGAAGGAAACGCUGGAGACCACGUGGCUGCUGCGGGAGGAGGUGGCGUCCCGCAGGGACAGCUGGAAAGCCACCAGGAUUGGCACCAACGUCUUCACUCGGCUCAAGUGACGCAGAGCAGGAACGGCGCCAGCUGCACGGCUCGCUCUCGCCCGCGGCCCCGGCCGGGCUCCUGGCUCCCUACGCCACGGCUUUGCUCUCCGGCCCUGGCACGUGGCCAGUGCCCCGUCGGCCCCCGGCACCAAAUAAACCCAUGUGCGCUCGGAA